AAAAAAAAAAAAAAAAAAAGGGUUUGUUGAAAAUGCUUUACAAAACUGUAAUUUUGCAUAUGGUUACGUAAGUCCUUAAACUUGUUUGCGUAUCUUUCCUCUCUUUUUUUUCCAAAUGUAACUUUUUAAACUUUUGUUUUGAAGACAAGUGUGAUGGAUCCAAUUCCAGCAUGGGUGAGGAGACUCUGGGAUGUUUGGGAUCUACGGCUACUAGUUCUCCUCAGUCUGGUUUUACAAAUCAUUCUUUCAUUAUUUGGCAAUCGCAGAAAGUACAUAUCGUCACUAUGGAUUAGUAUCCUUGUUUGGUCGGCCUAUUUAAUGGCUGACUGGGCAGCAACUGUGGCCCUUGGCAAGCUCUCAGAUGCCCAAGGCGAUAAUGGCGAUGCAUUGAAGGCCAUAUGGGCACCUUUGCUUUUGCUACAUCUUGGCGGCCCUGACACCAUUACAGCAUACUCUUUGGAAGAUAAUCAUCUCUGGAUGAGACACCUUUUCGGACUAGGGGUUCAAUUUUCUGUUGCAGUCUACGUUAUUCUUAUGUCUUGGAAACAUUCAUGGUUUUCAAUUAUGUCCAUCCCGGGGUUAGUGGCGGGGUUGAUCAAGUAUAGAGAGAGAUCGUGGGUUCUCUUGUCGGUGAGCUGUGAUAAAUCCGGGGAAAUUGUGCCGUUUACCAGAGCGUCAAAUCUUGGCAAUAAUAAUGACCCAUGGGAGAAUAAAAGUUCUAUAACUGUUCUAUGUGUUGCCCAUAGAUAUGUCAGGGUAUUUAAGAAAUUUAUGGAGUUUUAUGAUGUCGACUCAAGUUGUGACAGUUUCUCUCAGGAAAAACCUCUAGAGUUUGGUGACAUGAAUUUUUUCUGGAAAGUCAUAGAGGUUGAAAUAGGGCUCAUGUUCGAUUUAUUAUACACAAAGACACCCAUAAACUUUAGGAAGGUUGGAUGGAUUCUGCGUUGCAUCACUUUCUCUUGUACGGUGACUGUGUUGGUAGGAUUAAUCUUCCGGCCCAUUUCGAUUGGGGAUGAUGGAGAUAAAUGGCACAAGGUCGAUGUCGCCAUCACAGAGGUUCUGGUUGUUGGAGCUCUGGCUUUGGAGAUUUACGCAAUCAUUGCGCUGUAUUUAUUCUCUGAUUGGGCAAUGCUUUGUCUAAUUAAGCACAAUAUCAGCAAACAGAUAUUCCAGCUGAGGGAAAGAAUUUCUUGGCUUUUCCUCCCGAAACAAUAUGGGUAUAAAACGAUAGGGCAAGUCAAUCUAAUUGAAGAUUGGCUCAAAAACCAUACUUCAGUCAUUGAGCCAGAUCGAGGUGUUGAAUCGGAUCAAAAGGUGGGUAGAAGAAUACUUCGAUCGUUGAUGGGGUUCAGAAGGUGGUUGGAAGAAUACUUCAAGGACAUGCUCAAGAAGAGAGCCAUUGAAGAGGACCAGGUUUGGAAAGAAUUCUUCGGCACGUCCUUGGAAGAGCAGAUUAUUUGCUUGCACAUGGCAACAGAAAUCUGCUACAACUUGGAAGUGGAAUGGGAUACUCGUGAUGCAGCUGAUCAAAACAUCAGGGAUAGUAUUUUGUCACAACACCACACGAUGCCCCCCUCUAAUUCGUCCUCGUCGUUGGAAGAAAACAGGGAACUAUGCAGAACUCUAUCAAACUACAUGAUGUAUCUACUUGUUAUGCGCCCUUUGUUUUUGCCCACGUCUGCAACCUACGAUGUGAUGAGAAACAUUAACACCCCCCCAGACAUGGAUGGUGCACGAGAUGCAAGGGCAGCUUGCCUUUAUUUGUGGGAAACAGAUGAGUUCGAAACGGAUAAAAUUGUCGAACAGGUAAAGAGUAAGCAGAAGGAUGUGAGAUGGGAAAUGUUGAAGUUGGUGUGGGUGAGGAUGCUAUGCUACGCUGCAAGUAAGGGUCAGAGAAACGAGCAUCUUCGACAGUUAAGCCAAGGAGGUGAGUUUCUCACUUUCCUUUGGUUCUUUAUACCACAAUCUCAAAUGUUCUCAGUCAGGCGGCCCCGUCCUCAUCCACAGGCCCAGUCCUGAGAUUUUCGGAGCCCUAGGCGAGUUUUAAUAUUGGAGCCUCUAAAUAUUUUGCAUAUGUAUUAGUUGUUUGAAAUGAGGACCAAAAUUACAUUGUGUUGAAGUGGUAAAUCUGGUCGUGACAUCGAGUCUCACCUACAACCGUUGGCUUACAUUUUUUGUACAAGUUGUAAAAAUAUUGUUGGCUUUUAACAAGUCUGAUCAUGACUUGAACACGUGACGUAGAGGUUAGUGCGCUCGCGUCUUAACAGUUAACACUAAACUAGGUGAUCCUUGACAUGUGUUCAGUGUUGGAAGUAUACUUGAAUUUCAUUUGAGUGCAAUAAA